AUGGCCCCCUGGCUCUCGAUGCCCACGAUGCAUCUGUCUGGUCGCCGUAGUUGCGACAGCACCCGAAGCAGCCACCACGACGCCUCCUUCUGCGGCCGGCAUGAGUCGCGCACACUGUCUCCGGCCUCAGUCAAGGGCCGCCAUAUUUCAGCCUCGACGCAGGUAGCCGUGGGCUCUUGUUCGGCGCUCGAGGUGCAGCAAUCCGUGGAGGGGAGCACCCAACAAGGCUGCGUCAUCCGGGCGCGAACGACCAGGUGCGGCAAUCCGAGCAGCAGCAACGAUAGCUCAAGCAACAUCCGAUUCAGCAAUCGCGGCCGCAUCUCCGCCUGGGCCGCGAGGCCGGCAUGGCUCGUCUUCACCCUGCUCGCCCUCGUCUUCGUCGCGACACCGGCCGCCGCCGUCCAGAUCGAGUUCGACAACUGCCUCCCCGACUCGUACCGCCUGCACAAGCCGCCGCUGCUGCAGUGGCAGCCGCUUUAUGUCGACGCCGUCUUCGACACCAAGACGCCCAACAACAAUCUGCAGGUCAUUGUCUGGGGCAACGUCACGGGCUCGCAGAACCUGAGUCCGCUCCCGCCUCCGAACGACCCGUACUGGACCAAUCCCGACGACACCAACGGCAAGAUCGAGCAGACGCCCUACGUCGAUACUCUUGCCACCACGCUGGUCCGGAGAGUCAAUGUCUUGACGUACGAGCCGUGGAACGACCGCUCCAACUUCUGCACGGAGAGCCUCGUCAAUGGGACUUGUCCCUUGGCGCCUACCUUUGGCAAUGUUGACCUCCCGUAUGGGCUUCCGUCGGUCAAUCUAAGUCACGACUUCUUCUCCUCAUAUGCGUUCAGCUCAUUCGCCGUCACCUUUCUCGUCAUCAAUGGCGAUCAGGCAGCAACAAACAUUGGCUGUGUCUCUGCCACCAUUACCCCUGAUCUGGGCAGCAUCUCCUGGGUGCUCAAGUUCAUGCCCCUUCUGGUCCUGCUGUUUGCUGGCUUCGCAGUUCCUUUUGCUGGGAUCUGGAGCCCCUGGGGCACCACCAACGUGUUCCAUUGGACGGCCAACUAUGGCCGAGACGCUGACCUGCUGCGACUGGUCACUCCUGGUUUCAGCGACUGUCUGCAGUACAUUCAAUUCAUCGUUCUGACGGGCGCCCUGACCCUCGAUUACCCCGGAUUCUUCCAGCCCGUAGUGAGCCAGGUCGGGUGGUCAUCGCUCAUGUUCAACGAGAGCUUCGUUGCCCACGCCGAUCCCUGGCAGAACGUGGAGGACGGCAUCUAUGUGACCAAGGCAGGCACCGUCUUCGGACUGCAGAAGAUGGCUCAGCUCAUUGGCAUGUCUGAGGCUGAAGAUGUGUGGCCGGGUAUGAUGGUGUGGCUCUGUGUCAUCAUUGCCUCCGUCAUUGUUCUCAUCCAGGUUGGCUUUGCUCUUCAGUGGAUCUUCCGCAAGAUCAGGAAAACUACCGAGGAGGACCUGCGGGCAAAGAAUAUCCCAUUUGUCAUUGGCAACGUGGUGCGCAUCGUCUUCAAUUUCAUGCUGGUCCCCAUUGUGGCUCUGUCAUGCUUCCAAUUCGUCGUCUCCGGCCAGUCGCCGGGCUGGACCGUUGCCUUGGCUGCGCUGACACUGGCCGUAGUCAUUGGCUUUGCGGCUUAUCUGCUGUGGCUCAUCAUCAUCACGCGCCCCAAGUCGGUGCUGUUUGAUGACCUGCCCACGGUUCUGCGCUACGGACCCCUAUACAAUACAUACGCCGACGAGGUCGCUGCCUUUGCGCUUAUCCCGAUCCUGCUCAACGUCAUCAGAGGCGUUGCCAUUGGCGCAGUGCAGCCGAGCGGCGUUGCCCAGGUUGUGCUUUUGGCCAUCUGUGAGGUCAUUCAGAUCAUCAUGAUUUACGCCUUUCGACCAUAUCAGAAGGCCACCUCGAUGAACAUUUACCACAGCCUGUUUGCAGGUCUGCGAUUGAUCAUCAUCAUCCUCAUGGUCACCUUUGUGCCUAGCUUGGGCGUUACCGAAGGCCCAAAGGGCUGGAUAGGCUAUGCCAUUCUGCUGCUGCAUGCUUGCGUGCUCGCCCUGGGCUUCUUCCUUGGCGCUGUGCAGACCAUUAUUGAAGUCAUUGCGAGAUUGUUCGGUGCCGGUGGAGACGAUGUCACCGGCUUGACCCGUGGUGGCCUGUCCAAAAUCUUCGGCAUGAGGCAGCUCUCAAGGAGAGUCAACCACCGCCAGGGACCGUCCCGGGCCAGCCAGCUGUCUACCGCCGCCAUGCUGGAUGCCGAGGAUAGCGGCAAAUCUGGCUUUGUGAUGCCAAGUGGUAGAGUCCGCAGCGGCUCCGUGGCUAGCCUCAGCGGCGUCAUGGCCCACCAUCGACAUCGGAGCAGCUCCGCUCUUGAUAGCAUGUAUUCAGCCGCACAACGGAACGUCGACACCGCGAGUUCAUACGUCCCGGGAACACCGGGCGAAGCCAGCACAUUCUCGUUCCUCGCAUCACCCUCUGCCGCUCGCCAGGGUCCGCCUGGACUUGUGGUAGAAGCCUCUGACCCGUACUAUCGCCCUCCGCGGCGGCGUCGUGAGAUGACUGGCGAUUCAAGCCAGCUCGACAGCCGGCGUGACUCGCUCACUAUUGAGCCUGUCGCCCAGGCCGGAGGAUUAGCCCCUGAAGCUCCUGACUCUGGGGCCGAGAUUUCACGAGGGGCCACCCCAGCACCCGGCCAUGGCGGCAACAACCUUUCCAUCAGCUUUCCCGCGAAUCGACCCGACUACUCAACCCGCGAGGUUGACUUUUACUAUGGCGUUCGAGGCCCAGCGUUGAACUCGGAAGGCCCCGGCAGGAAGCUCGGCACUGGCCCUGCAGAUCCCACUGGACCGGCCGCGACCGCUGCUGGAUGGUUACGCAGCCUGCUCUUUGGCGGUAAAACUAAGGAGAAGGGCAAAGGCUUCGAAGUUGUCAGAAGUGCGAGGAUGCCGCCGAACAUGGUUCGAAACGGAGGUUUCGGAGACGAGACGCCGCCCGAGGGCAUCCCAGUGGCCAUGGGAGUCAUUCGAAAUGGACCCAUCGACUCUGAUGAUGACGACGAGCCUCAGAUCCGCAGACCGAAGCGUCGGGAAGGCGAGCUGCUUGACAACAACGGCGACCCGCAGUCGGAGUCUGACAACGGCGAGCCCGAUAGCCCCGUUACGGAUCGGCUCCCUCGCGGGCGGAUGUCUCAGUCUGCCGUCGCUUUGAGUUCAAAGAAGGCAGAGGCCUCGCAAGACGGGGUGGAUAGUGAAGGUGUGAGCGAUGAGGACAUGUCUGACGCUGAUAAUGAUGCGCCCGUCAUUCCGCGGAAGAGUUCCAAGAGACACUCGGCCGUGCUCGAUCGCACCGCCCAGAUCACGCCCCUUGUCCGAAUAGAUUCUCAGACGAGGCGUCCUGAAAGCCGAGCAUCCCAGCAAACAGCGCAAACCGAGUCGACCCUCCAGCAAGGCGGUGUAUCACUGCUGCCACGCCUCCCAUUUGAGCGGAGAGGCUCAGACAGGCGGUCAGACCAACGGCCGCCUUCGAAGUCGUCGCUCGACUUCCCUGAUCUGAGAAGCAUAGACUCGGCAACGCAGGAUGAUCCUGCCGGAUUUGGAACCGUUUCCCACCACAGCAUCAGCCGCAUUGACCCCCAUCAUGUGGAUGAUGACAUGCUGAGCACUGCCGCGUCUGUCGUGGAUGAUACGCACUCCGCGAAAGACGUUUGA